AUGUCUACUAUCAAAAUUGAUAUUUAAUUGGCAAAAUCUUUUUGGAUAUAUCAUACAACAUUUAAGAAAAAAAUCUUUACGGUAAAUCAUAUCUUUUAUAACUUCAAAGUUAUCCACAUGCACCUUAUAUAUUUGCCUAAACCGUUUUUUCAAUUCAUAUUUUAGAUUGAACCAACACAGUUUCAUAUUGCAUCUAUCAUUUAUUCUCUUAGCCUCUCAAGAACCAUGAAGUGCAGAUACUUUACAAAAGAGGAAAGUGAUGAUCUCAUUGAUACCGAUACCAUGGUAACUAGUGACAACGAUGAUGCUUCUAAGAGAUUGAAGGAUACAAAGCUUGAUGCAAGAUUCUUAUCCUUUCUUGAGAAAGAUGAUUCUUUUUUCACUCCAUGGAGCUGGGAACCAAAUGCUUUCAAGAAUGAGAAUGCUUCUACCGAAGAAAAAGAGUACCUCUCUUUUCAUCCUGGAUCAUAUUUCAAAUUUCAGAUUAUUGAUGAAAAGAUUCUGAACGAAAAGGCUGAAGAAAAUUAUAAGCAGGACUCACCUUCUCCAAGAUCAUGCUCAGAAGAUUUGUAUCCAGCUCCACUCAAUCUUGUGAUCACAAAAGUACCAACUUACUUUCCAGUAUCUUAUUAUUAUAGAAACAGGAAGUGCUAUAGAUCAAAGAAGCGUAGUGAUGCCAUUGUCAAAGGUCCAGAGUUCAUUCGGGUGUGAUUAACAAACAUGAAUAGUAUGCUAGGGUUUCAUUUUAAUUUAGGAGAGUCUAAAGUCGUUUCAGAAACAUGUAAUUGAUUUAUUAUGGUUGACUGUUCUAGAGUAGAACAAUCUUGGCUUGUAGAACUGAUUUUGACUUAUGGAUAUGAAGCUUU